AAUAUAUAUAUUAUAGAUUUUAUUCAAAAAAAUAUAUCUAUAAAUAUUUAUGCAUGUCACAGUCUGUGAGUUGAAUUGAUUGUAAUAAAUUAAUUGUCUGUUAAUAAUUGUUUCUAAUUAAAUUUAAUAUUCCCAUUAAUUUUUACCACGCAGCUAAACGUAAAAACUCAAUACAAUUUGGAGCAAUAAAAUUCGAAAAAUAAAUUAACUAGGAGCUAGAAAAUUAAUUUAGCUACUUAAUUCAAGUUUUUUUUUUUUUUUCAAAUUGAUAAAAAAAAAAUAUUGAUAAAAAAAUGUAUUCAACCCGUGACAGCAGCGUGCAGGCAAAGUGAACGCCUUCAGCUGUCGGCCUGUCGGUGCUUUAUAUUUAGGUAUAAAUAAAAAAAAAAUAUAUACAUUAUAAUAUGGUUAGGUUUGUUUAUAAAAUAUUAUGAUAAAAAAUAUAAACAAAUUGAUAAAUAUUAAAAAUUACAAUUUAAUAAUUAAAAAUUAUAAAUAAAAACAAUGAAACUGUAUUGUUUAUCAAGUGAACCAACAAAGCCAUGUUUAGUAUUGACAUUCAAAGGCAUCACCCUGAUGCUAGACUGUGGAUUAAAUAUGCAAUCAAUUUUAAAUUUUAUGCCAAUGCCAGUAGUACCAAGUGCAAAAUUUAAUUCUCUUAUGAAUUGGCUACCAAGAGAUAAUCAUCAAGAUUUACAAAUUGAGGGUGAAUUAAAAGAAUGUUGUGCACGUGUAUUUGUUGAUUCAACACCAGAAUUUGCUCCACCACUUGAAAAAAUUGUUGAUUUUUCGGAAAUUGAUGCAAUUCUCAUAUCAAAUUAUACAUGUAUGCUUGCAUUACCAUUUAUAACUGAAGGAACUGGAUUUAAAGGUAUUGUAUAUGCAACAGAACCAACUUUACAAAUUGGUAGAUUUUUUAUGGAAGAAUUAGUAACAUAUAUUGAACAAACACCACGUGCAACACUUGCAACACAAUGGAAAGAAAUGUUACAUAUAUUACCAUCACCAUUGGCUGAUUCAUUAAAGCCAAAAUCUUGGAAACAUAUUUAUUCAAUGGCUGCUGUUAAUUCAACUCUUGCAAAUAUACAACUUGUUGGAUAUGAUCAAAAAUUAGAUAUUUAUGGUGCAUUAACAGUAACACCAAUAAGUUCUGGUUAUUGUUUAGGAAGUAGUAAUUGGCUUAUAUCUUGUGAUCAUGAAAAAGUUGCAUUUGUCAGUGGUUCAUCAACACUAACAACACAUCCAAGACCAAUGGAACAAACAACAUUAAAACAUGCUGAUGUUUUAAUAUUAACUGGUUUAACACAAACACCAACAGCAAAUCCUGAUACAAUGCUUGGUGAAUUGUGUAUGAAUGUUGCAAUGACAUUGAGAAGUGGUGGAUGUGUUUUAAUACCUUGUUAUCCAUCUGGUGUUGUUUAUGAUUUAUUUGAGUGUUUAUCAACUCAUCUUGAUAAAUCCGGUUUUACUGGUGUACCAUUAUUUUUUUUAUCACCAGUUGCUGAAUCAUCACUUGCAUAUUCAAAUAUUCUUGCUGAAUGGCUAUCAACAAAUAAACAAAAUAAAGUUUAUUUACCAGAAGAACCAUUUCCACAUGCAUUUUUAGUUAAAAAUUCAAGAUUAAAACAUUUUACAUCAGCUUGGGCUGAUGGUUUUAGUAAUGAUUAUCGUCAACCAUGUGUUGUUUUUUGUGGUCAUCCAAGUUUACGUUUUGGUGAUGCUGUACAUUUUGUACAAUUAUGGGGUAAUAAUCCACAACAUACAAUUAUAUUUACAGAACCAGAUUUUCCAUAUUUAGAUGCACUUGCACCAUUUCAACCACUUGCUAUGAAAGCUGUUCAUUGUCCAAUUGAUACAUCAUUAAAUUUUACACAAGCUAAUAAAUUAAUAAGAGAUUUAAAACCAGAUAAUCUUGUUGUACCAGAAUGUUAUACACAGCCACCUUAUACAGCACCACAUAGAGUUGAUCUUGUUAUUGAUCCUGUUGGGGAAAAACCAUUGAUAACAUUUAAACGUGGUGAAGUUAUAAAAUUACCAUUAAAAAGAAAAAAAGGACGUGUUUUUAUUGAACCAGAACUAGCUGGUAAUAUUAUUCCAAGUGAAAUUAGACCUGGUUUAAGUCUUGCAUCUGUAACUGGUGAACUUGAAGUUAAAGACAAUGUUUAUACAAUUAAAUGUCUAGAUGAUAGACUUGGAUUAAAAAGAAAAGCACUUGAUUCAAUGAUAUUAGAUAAUAAUGAUCUUGCUAAUGGAAAAAAACAUGAAUAUGGUCAUAUUGAUCCACAAGAGCUUGUUAUUAAAUUAAGUCAAGAAGGAAUAUCUGGUGCAAAAGUACAACACACACCAACAUCAACAAAUAUUAUUUUUGAUGAUGAUACAAUUAUUCAACUUGGUGAUAAUUCAACUCACAUUAUUUGCAAUCGUGAUCAACAUGUUCGUCGAAGAUUAAGAUCAAUUAUAAUGCAGUGCCUUAAACGUUUUUAAAAAAUAAAUAAAUAAUAGUAUUUAAUUUAUAAAUAAAUAUAAUUUUAAAUAAAUUAUUUUUUCUUAUAC